AUGGUGCUCCGCAUGCUCGUCGUCGCGACGUGCGCGCACGCGUGGCUGCUGGAGAACAGCACGUUCUGGCGGAGCCCACAAAGCGAGGAGCCCAUGUGGAAGCGCAUGCUCCGGACGACGUCGCCGCGGCGCCGCGGCGUGAUCCUCUGGGCCCACGGGCGGUCCGCCACGGACACGUACUGCGGCACGCUCAAGGACAGCGCCCACUUCCGGUACUGCAACGGAAUCAAGGAGGGCUUCAACACGCAGCACCGCGAGGGCCGCGACCUCACGCGGAAGAACCUCGAGCGCUGCGCGAGGCGGAACGAGAUGCUAACGCACGUCAAGCCGAGCCACCUCUCGGGGAAGAAUAAGCCGGACAACCUGAACACGCCGGAGAAGCUCAUGCGCGCGGCGCGGGAGCUCGGCUACGAGGUCAUCGUCGCCGAGUACCGCUCGAACGCGCUCGCGCGCAUGGUCUCGUCGUGGGAGCUGAAGCCGCACUCCGCGGCGGACGCCACGGCCCAUUUCUGCCGGCACCGCGGCGGCCUCGUCCGAACGUUUAACAAGGAAUACUCCCUCUGGCAGCGCGGCCUCCGCGCGGCGAUCCACGAGCGGCUGAAGGUCAUCGAGCUCAGCUUCGAGAACGUGACGCGCGGCCUCUGCGCGGCCGUGAAGCGCACGACGCUGGCGCUGGAGAGCUCCGAGUGCGGCGGCUCCAAGUGCGCCUGCCACAAGUUCAAAUCGCCGCACACGAAGACAUCCAACCGCGCCGCGUCGCUCGCGGGGCGCACGUCCAAGGAGGCCGCGGCCUGCAUCACGGCCGCGCUCAAGGACAAGCCCGACUACGCGUGGAUGCUCGACCUGUCGCGAGGAGAGAAACGCAUGUUCGCAAUGGUCCGAUGUAAAAAGAUGAUGUUGGCACGACUCACCUUACUGUUGCCGCUCGCCGUCGCGUUCACCGUCACCGCGCCGCGCGCCGCGCCGCCGUGCGGCGUGCCACGUCGCGGCGCGUCGAUCUUGGGCGCCGCAAAGAAGGGCUUCGGUGCCAAGGUCAAGGCGAAGCGGCCGCCGUCGCGCGACUCGGUCAAGGCCAAGCCAUCGACGCGCGAUGGUCGCGGCGGCGGCGGCGGCGCGCCCGUCGUGCCGCUCGACGACGACGUGCGGCUGGCGCUCGACGCGCUCGACGAGGCCGGCGGCGGCAUCGAGGCGUACCUCAGCCCCGCGCUCUUCGAGGACCCGGCGACGCUGCGCGACGUCGGCGCGCGGCUGCGCGCGGGCGACGUCGUCGUGCUGAAAGACGCGUUCCGCGACGAGUUCGCGCAGGCCGUGCACGCCGAGCUGGCGGCCGACACGGUCGACUGGGCGCUCAACGAGGCGUACUUCGCCGACGGCUACCACCACCGCCACCACAACGCGUACGACGCGCGCGCGUGGAGCGCGCGCCUCCGGCGCGCGCUGGGCGUCUUCGCCGACGAGCGCACGCGCGCGUUCAUCGGCGAGCUCGCCGGCCGCGACUGCGCGGGCGACGCGACGGGCGCGCCGAGCUGGUACAAGGCGGGCGACCACUCGCUGCCGCACACCGACUGGGUCGGCCAGCGCACCGUCGCGUACGUCUGGCACCUCUCCAAGGGCUGGCGGCCCGAGUGGGGCGGCGCGCUCUACUGGGCGGGCGCCGACCACGCGGUCGCGACGCAUCCCGCGUCCUUCAACACGCUCGUGCUCUUCUGCGUGACGACGACGUCGGCGCACUUCGUCACGACGGUCUCGCCGCACCACGAGGGGAAGCGCCUCACCUUCAACGGGUGGUGGCAGAGCGCCUGGCUGCCCUCCGAGGCCGACGCCGAGCUCGACGCGGUGCUCGCCGACGAGGCGCGCGGCGACAAAGUGACGCACGCGCAGCUCCAGGCCAUCGCCGACGUGCUCGCCGACCCGUGGCAGAACAUCGACGCCGCGCGGCGCGAGCGCCUCGACGGGCAGCGCGAGGCCCUCAUGCGGCGCCUCUUCCCGCGCGGCGCGCGCGCGGGCGUGGAAGCGUGA